GAAAAAAAUAAUAAUCAAUUUGGAAAAAUCAGAUAAAAGGUUAAAAAAAAAAUGAAGUGGGAAAAAUUCCGAGAAACUGGGACCGGAACCACCGACACGACGAUGCCGACUCCUCCGGUGUCAUCGGAGGCGACGACGGCAUCCAAAGAGAUCGAUCCAAAUAGUGUAUUGAUGGUUGCUGAUUUCUUCAAAGCAAUCGCCCCUGACUCAUCUGUCAACGAUUUCACCGAAUCCGACUUUUUCUCAAUCUUAUUUCAAAGCAACACCAAAGCUCUCUCCAUCUCACGCGGCCGUGUCUCUUGCUCCGUCAUUGUCACACCUUCCUUAUCCAAUUUCUUUAAUGGGUUACAUGGAGGAGCAGUGGCAUCAAUUGCAGAGAGAGUAGCUAUGGCUUGUGUGAAAACUGUUGUCUCUAAAGAUAAACAUCUCUUCCUUGGUGAAUUGAGUACGUCUUAUCUCUCUUCUGCUCCUAUCUCGUCUGAAUUGGUUGUGGAGGCAUCGGUGGUGAGGACUGGGAGGAAUCUGUCGGUGGUGACUGUUGAGUUCAAGAUCAAGGAGACCAUGAAAGUCACUUAUCUAUCUCGUGCUACUUUAUACCAUUCUCCCAUCUCUAAGCUUUAAGCUUUUUGAAUUGCUCAGAGAUCUUCUUCUUAUAAGCUCUAUGUUGAUUGUUUAUGUUCUCUAUUCAAUAAAAUAAAGAUUCUGUAUACAGAGUUUAGCCUUGGGAUAUAUGUAAUAAGCAUUACUACUUGUCAUAUGUAGUCACUUUAUACAACACUAAGAAGAAACUUGCACCCGCA